AUGUCGCACAUUGAUGAAGAUGAGGAUUACGAUGAUGUUGAAAAUGAUGUCGGUGGACAAUUAAACGACAACAUGGAUGAAGAUGUCAAUGCUGUUGUUCAGCCGUCUCAUUUAUCUCGUUUGCAACAAUAUGCUAAUAUGCUGGAAUUUCAACGCCAACAACUUAUGCAUGUUCAUCAUGCGUUUCAGUUUAAUCCGCCUAUGACACGAAUGCGGUAUAGGCAUUCCACGUACAACGGGGAGGAUUGGAUUAGUGAACUCCUCAUGGGGCACGAUAGAAGAUUCUACGAUGCAAUGGUUAUGAACAAGAAAGUUUUCAAAUUGCUUUGCAAAGAAAUAAAACGGACGGGUUGUCAUGGUGAUGCAAUACAGCAAAAGGAUUGCAUCGGUGCCAUCGACGGAACCAUCAUACCGACUUGGAUUCCUGAAGAAGAUCAUGGGAAAUACAGAUGUCGAAAAGGUCACUUGUCCCAAAAUGUUAUGGUCGCGUGCGACUUUGAUUGCAAGUUCACUUACGUUUUAGCGGGAUGGGAAGGCGGUGCAAAUGAUGCUCGUAUUUUUGGUGAAACAUUGACAGACCCCACAAGUACUUUCCCGUGGCCACCAGAGGGAAAAUAUUAUGUGGUCGACUCAGCCUAUGCCAAUGUCCCGGGAUUCCUGUCACCUUACCGUGGUAAUAGGUACCAUCUCCCGGAGUGGAUUCACUCUAAUCAAACACCUAAAAAUGCAAGAGAGCUCUUUAACAGACGUCAUGCCACUGUCCGUAAUGUGGUCGAACGUAGCUUUGGUAUAUUGAAAGGUAAGUUCCCCAUUAUAAAAGGCCUAAUGCCAAACUACACGAUUGAGUUCCAAACAGACAUAGUUAUCGCAUGUUGUGUUGUACACAAUUUCAUCCUUGAGCACCCAAAGUUCGAGAAUGUACCGCCGGCCAUUCUAAACCCGGAUUACAUACCAAAACCAGAUGAAGAUGAUUAUACAAUGCCUUUGAUGACAACUUUAGAUACAUCUAAUGUUGGUGUGCGUGAACAGUCUGGUUUGCGCGAUUCGAUUGCUUCCGCCUUAUGGGCCUAUCAAGGGGGCAGACGUCGGUAG